UUCAUUCAUGGCGACUUUGUGGCUUAUGUCAGACACCCUCUAAAGGGAGGUAUCUUUCCUGGUUAUGCUCCCCCUUUCAUCCAGUGCCCAACUGGUAUCUGGUACAAAACAGGCACUCGGUACACAGUUGUUGAAUGGGUAAAUUGAAUGAAUUUGCUCCGAAUUCCAGAGGUAUCAACUUUUACUAUGAUUAAGAAUAUUACCAUGGUAUUUGUGUCCCAUGUUGUUUGACAGCUGACUCUUCUAUCUGUUGAAGAGCAUGGUAAUUGGAUUGAGAGAAGUGAGUCAAGACUGGUAGAAACACUCAACAGCCCCAUUAAUGAAGUAAUUUAGGACCUGUUUUCUUCUCCAGUAACUGCUCUACCUCCAUCCUCCUCAAAUCAAAACCCAGUGUUUGAACUUAAGGAUGGGGUUGUGUGUGUGUCUUCCUAGAAGUGGCUAGGGACCCACGGUGGAAGGGCCAGAGCCCCUGUCCCCACCUCGCAAGUGUAUGACCAUCACUUGCGAAACACACACCGUGUUCAGUGCUUCCCCGCAUUAAACAAAGAGAGCCUCGCAGUUACGCCCUGACCCAGGUGGGAUAAUUUGGAGAGCAGCGCCAUCCAAUUCCGGAUUAGGGGAGGGGUGUGGUCCCGUCUCAGGUUCAAGUUGGUGGCUGGUGAACGGCAGCCCUUCUUGCCCCUCGGGGUGUGUCCGCACGGGCUGGCUCCCCGGUUUGUGUCCGUGAGUGUGUAGGCGGGUGAGGCACGCCUGGGGAGGGGGCGCCUCUGAGCGUGGGGGCCAAGGCUCGCCGGGGCGGAAAGCAGGCGGCAGUCUGGCCCCACGGCGGCGCGCCGAGGGCGGGCGCAGGAGAGCCCCGGGGCCGCGGGCUGCGAGGCGCAGCUGCGGGCGGCAGGAGGCAGCGUCGGCCCAGGCGGCGCGGCCGCGAGCGAGCGGCGCGCGGUGAUGUCAGUGGCGGCCCGGCUGGCAGCAGCCGGCACUUCCUGUGCAGAGGCGGGCGGGCUCGGCUGCAAACCCCACAAGCCAGUGUCAGCCUCUCGGCGGGAGGAGGCGGCGGCGGAGGAGGAGCAGGGGGAGGGCUGUCAAAUUCGGGAGCCAGAUUUCUUUCCCUUCCCCUGGCAAGCCCUUCCGCUCGCCCGGCUCCUGGCGUGACAUCUGCGCACCGGGGACCUGCAUGUGUGCGCGCGCGAGCGAGCUGAAGAAUGGCAGUGCUCAAACUCACCGACCAGCCACCACUGGUCCAAGCAAUCUUCAGCGGUGAUCCAGAGGAGAUACGCAUGCUCAUCCACAAGACUGAAGAUGUGAAUGCUCUGGAUUCCGAGAAGCGAACCCCGCUUCAUGUGGCUGCGUUCCUGGGAGAUGCAGAGAUCAUUGAACUCCUGAUUCUGUCAGGAGCUCGUGUAAACGCCAAGGACAACAUGUGGCUAACCCCACUGCAUCGGGCUGUUGCCUCCAGAAGUGAAGAAGCAGUGCAAGUGUUGAUUAAGCACUCGGCUGAUGUCAAUGCACGGGACAAGAACUGGCAGACCCCCCUCCACGUGGCAGCGGCCAAUAAGGCUGUCAAGUGUGCAGAAGUGAUCAUUCCCCUGCUGAGCAGCGUCAAUGUCUCCGACCGAGGGGGACGCACAGCUUUGCACCAUGCCGCUCUGAAUGGUCAUGUGGAGAUGGUCAAUUUACUCCUAGCUAAAGGGGCGAACAUCAAUGCAUUCGACAAGAAGGACCGACGUGCUCUGCACUGGGCAGCAUAUAUGGGCCACCUGGAUGUCGUAGCACUGCUCAUUAACCACGGCGCAGAAGUGACGUGUAAGGAUAAGAAGGGUUACACACCCCUGCACGCCGCGGCCUCCAAUGGACAGAUCAGUGUUGUCAAACAUCUCCUGAAUCUGGGGGUGGAGAUCGACGAAAUCAACGUGUAUGGGAACACGGCUCUUCACCUGGCCUGCUACAACGGGCAGGAUGCUGUCGUUAACGAGCUGACUGACUAUGGUGCUAAUGUGAACCAGCCCAACAACAGUGGGUUCACCCCUUUGCAUUUUGCUGCUGCCUCCACACAUGGUGCUUUGUGUCUUGAACUGUUAGUAAACAACGGGGCGGAUGUUAACAUUCAGAGUAAAGAUGGCAAAAGUCCACUGCACAUGACAGCUGUCCACGGAAGGUUCACACGGUCACAAACUCUCAUUCAGAAUGGAGGUGAAAUUGACUGUGUGGAUAAAGAUGGCAACACUCCUCUCCACGUGGCUGCAAGAUAUGGUCAUGAGCUGUUGAUCAACACCUUAAUAACCAGUGGAGCUGACGCAGCCAAGUGUGGAAUCCAUAGCAUGUUCCCCUUACAUUUAGCUGCCCUAAAUGCUCACUCUGACUGCUGCAGAAAGUUGUUAUCAUCGGGCUUUGAAAUAGACACCCCAGAUAAAUUUGGAAGAACAUGCCUUCAUGCUGCUGCUGCAGGAGGUAAUGUGGAAUGUAUAAAACUCUUGCAGAGCAGUGGAGCGGAUUUCCAUAAAAAGGACAAGUGUGGGAGGACCCCUUUGCACUAUGCAGCUGCAAAUUGUCACUUCCACUGUAUUGAGACAUUAGUGACCACAGGGGCCAAUGUUAAUGAAACAGAUGACUGGGGACGGACAGCUUUGCACUACGCUGCUGCAUCAGACAUGGAAAGAAAUAAAACUAUCUUAGGAAAUGCCCAUGAAAAUUCAGAAGAGCUUGAAAGAGCCAGAGACAUGAAGGAAAAGGAAGCUGCAUUACAGUGUUUGGAAUAAUGUCUAGAGUUUCUGCUUCAAAAUGAUGCAAAUCCAUCUAUCCGGGACAAAGAAGGCUACAAUAGCAUACAUUACGCUGCCGCCUAUGGCCACAGACAGUGUUUGGAAUUGCUUUUAGAAAGAACCAACAGUGGUUUUGAAGAAUCAGAUUCCGGUGCUACCAAGAGUCCGCUCCAUUUAGCUGCCUAUAAUGGGCACCAUCAAGCCCUGGAAGUCCUUCUGCAGUCGCUGGUGGACUUGGACAUCAGGGAUGAGAAAGGCCGCACAGCUCUGGAUCUGGCUGCCUUUAAGGGACACACAGAAUGUGUGGAGGCUCUUAUCAACCAGGGUGCAUCCAUCUUCGUGAAAGACACUGUAACCAAAAGAACCCCACUCCAUGCCUCCGGUAGGUCGCGUCGGGAAUCUGGUGGCCGUCGUUUUGCAGCCCACUUACCAGUGGGGCGUAAAGGAGGGCAGCGUCUCCUUUCAUCUCAAUUUUUUUGUGUCGAUUUUCUGCAUCAAAUAUGCCUACACUCUUCCAAAAUGCUUUUGACUUACUGUCUACUCAGAGAUGACUUGUGUUCUUUGGCCAGACAGGCUUUGACCUUCUUUAAAGACUAUUUUAUUUUCAAGCCUGAGGGUAGUCCCUUCCCCCAGGCGAUUAUCAUCAUGGGAGGUUUGCUUCCCCUGCCCCCUGGCACCACCACUUCUAAGGAUGCAUCUUGCCCGCUGUGUACGCAGACAUGGCCAUGUAUUCUGCCCCAGCUAGUCAAGACCAACAGAGGAUUAGGGUCACAUUUACUGCCUAUUGGCAGCCCGCACUGGUCACUGGGUGAAGAGGAGCAAGGUGAGAAGCCCCUGGGAAGGGGACAAAAGGGUGUCCCAGUCAGACAGAGCUGGCAGGAGAGCGGGCAGGAGAGUGGGUGGCCCCCAGAGCACAGUCCCAGCUUGCUGGAGACUCUGGAAGACGAGCAGCGGGCUGUGGUUUGGGGAACCUCUGGGACAGAGGAGUCCUCCUGCUUUGUGGACCCCUCUGUGAGUCUCCUGAGGGUGCCAGUCAAGCAUGACAGUGAGCCGAUGGAUCGUGCACACCCUUCCACCUUGAGAACCCCACUGAUGCUUGCAGUAGCGUAUGGACACAUUGAUGCUGUUUCGUUGUUACUGGAAAAGGAAGCAAACGUAGAUGCUGUUGACAUCACGGGCUGUACAGCUUUACACAGAGGGAUUAUGACAGGACACGAAGAAUGUGUGCAAAUGCUGCUGGAACAAGAAGUGUCGAUUCUCUGUAAAGAUUCCAGAGGGAGGACACCCUUGCACUAUGCUGCUGCUCGGGGCCAUGCCACAUGGCUAAGUGAGCUGCUCCAGAUGGCACUUUCUGAGGAUGACUGUUCUUUCAAAGAUAACCAGGGCUACACCCCACUGCACUGGGCUUGUUACAAUGGUAAUGAAAACUGUAUAGAGGUACUUUUGGAGCAAAAAUGUUUUCGCAAAUUUAUUGGUAAUCCCUUUACUCCACUGCACUGUGCAAUAAUAAAUGAUCAUGAGAACUGUGCAUCACUGCUUCUUGGGGCCAUAGAUUCCAGUAUUGUCAAUUGUAGAGAUGACAAAGGCAGGACACCCCUUCAUGCAGCAGCCUUUGCUGAUCACGUGGAGUGCCUGCAGCUUCUUCUGAGACACAGCGCUGAGGUGAAUGCAGCAGAUAAUUCAGGGAAAACAGCAUUGAUGAUGGCUGCUGAGAACGGGCAGGCAGGCGCUGUGGAUAUUUUGGUGAACAGUGCCCAAGCUGAUCUAACUGUAAAGGAUAAGGACUUGAACACACCCUUACAUUUGGCUAGUAGUAAAGGUCAUGAAAAAUGUGCCUUGUUAAUACUUGACAAGAUACAAGAUGAGAGCCUUAUUAAUGCCAAAAAUAAUGCACUGCAGACACCCCUCCACGUUGCUGCACGAAAUGGCUUGAAGGUGGUGGUUGAGGAGUUGCUGGCCAAAGGGGCCUGUGUACUCGCUGUAGAUGAAAAUGGUAUUGGAAUUAGCAGCUCAUGCCUAUUUCUCAGAAGUCAUACCCCGGCCCUGGCUUGCGCUCCUAACAAAGACGUGGCUGACUGCCUGGCCCUCAUUUUGGCUACCAUGAUGCCUUUUUCUCCUUCCAGCACAAUGACGGCUGUCAACUUCGUUUGUUUUAAAAAAGACAAUUUGAGCAGGACGACUCUCUCCAGUCUGGGUAGUAUGGUUAGCCUGUGCAGGAACACCGUAGGCUCCGAGGAUGGGUACAAUGACAAUGAUUCUGAUUCGGAAACGUUUUGACUUUGGACUGUAGGAACUUCUCCUUGACUACCCAUGUUGGAGGAAAGAAGCUUGUAUUCCAGGUUUAUGCUGUGUUCAAGUAUUAUUAUGGGCCCAACCUUCCAGAAGCCAGUAAAAAGGAAUUAAUCAAAUGUAGGGAUGGCAGCUAGGCUGUAGGGCAAAGCACCGAGGUGGGACCCGAUUUUUAUUUGUUUCAUGGUUUCUUUAGCUCUGAGAUACUUCCGUGAAAGCCUACCUCUUAUUUUAAGUAAGGGAUAAAAAAAUGCAUUUAAUUCUUUUUCUUUGAGGAUAAUGCAACUGAGAGGGAGCUGUUCUCUAUAAAGAUUUUAUUUUUCAUGUAUUCACUCAGCACUGAGUUCUCAGUUUAUCAAUAUGACAUUCAUUGUCCCCUGGGAGGGGAGGGAAGAGGUCGAUAGAAAAUGCCUCAAAUCUCUUCUCACUUUGAUGUUUACUUCCUCACUAGAAGCCAAAGGUAAAGGUGUUCAUUUUCAGAAAUAAUGCCUGUAAUAAUCUUUUUAAGGGAGUCCAAUUAUUCAUAUCCUCUCUAUAGUAAGCAUUAAAUAUCCCGAACUUCAUUCCAAGGAUUUUGUUAAAAUUGGUUGAAACGUGACCUUGCUUUUCUCAUUUAACACAAAUAUGGCAUUCAGUGCUCCCUAUAACAAGCCUGUGACUAAGUUUCACCCAAGUGAUUAAGUCUAAAUCUACUAACAUUUUAGGUGAAAAUUAUAUUGCACCAAACUUUGAGACAUAUGCAAAUUUAAUAUGAAACUACCCUUAUUGAUUUCUUCUUAAAUCAAAAUAAUAACUUUUAAAAAACAUCAAAACCACCAGCAUUGUUCACCAAUAGUAAAAUAUUAGAUAAGUUUCUCAGUCCAGGUAAUGCCAGGUGAGUGGGAAUGUGACUGCAAAAGGCAAGGAAGACAGUGAAAGCAGGAGAGAGAAAUGGGUGAUGUGGAAAUUCAAGCCAGUUGAUGGUUGUCUGAUGAUGAAAUCAACAUAGUGAAUACUGUGUCUGCUCCCUCUGCCAAAGCUUCUAGGUCAAAUGGACCCCGUUCUGCUCCUGGAAUAGCUGGACAAAAAGAAGAAUGAGACUCUAAAAAUUAUGCACAUACAUAUACACACAUACAUGUGUGUAUACAUUAUAUAUACAUAUGUAUAUGUCUGUAGUUCAUCGAUCAGCUAUGUAUGAGGACCCGAAUGCUUUGGUCCAAAAUGGAAGAUCUUAAAUUGUUUUCCUUCAAAAUGGAAAUGAGAACUGAAGUAGCUUUUCUAUGGAGUUAAAAUAUAAUCUUUUUGUGUAACAGUUUUUGUUGUAUUUUAUAUUUCUAAUGACACAGAUUUCUAGUUGAUGGCAAAACAUUUGUAACUGAGGAUGUGUUGAUCGCAGCUUAUUUUUUUUGCCAAACUAGAGAAACUGUUCAUAUACUUUUGAUGUAAAUCUGUUUAUAUUUAUUUGAAAUGAAACCACAGCCGAGGAAACAUCCAUUGUUUGUUCUCUGUUUUAAUUGCUAUGUGUCUUACUUGGAAUAACAAAAAAAGCAGAAAAACAUCCAGGACACUCCCUGGACUAGCCAGCAGUCCCAGGGCCAAGCCCAGCGCUUCCACCGCUGAAGUUUCCAGCCGACCAGACCCCCAGGUUCUUCCUCCUUGUUUGGAGAGAGGUGCAACAUCUGUGGCUCAGCCCUAGUCUGUAGCCAGCUUGGAGCUCACAAGACUCAUCAGUCCUUAUGCCCUUCUGCGAGAUGAAACCUGAAGUGCGUAGUGGAUCAUAUGGUCCAACAAAAGAUACAGAAAUUAUCCUAAAUACCCCAAAAUGGUCCUGAUAACCUAAUGGGAAAUUAUGUCAGUGUGUGGGCAUAUUACAAAAGGAGAAAGAAAAACCGCCAGCUCAAGUGCUAUUUUCCAUGUUAGCAAGACACAGGAAGGAAACGUGUUACAUUAUGUGAGUGUUCUCUGACAUUAUAUAAUCCAUUCCAUUUUCACCCUGGACAUUUCUGUUUUACAGUGUUUGUGAGCUAUUUUUAAAACAGUGUUGUACCAUAUCUGGAUAAAAUACAGAUAUAUAUUAUAUGUUUCAUCUAGCUGUAAAAGACUUUAAUCUUAACUCUUUUAAUAUCCUGGAUUUAAUUAAAAGCUCAUGUUGGGGUCUUCACAAAUGAGAACCUCUUCAAAAGACUUACAGAUUUGUAUUAAUCUCACUGAAAAUUUUUGACGCCACCCACCUUGUGUUUUUAAUUCUUGGUGUUGUGUUCCCCUUCUUCCUCUGUCCUUUUUUGUUUCAAGAAGGUGGAUUUUUGAAAAGUAGAUAAAUCGACUGAUGAGCAAUAAGGACCUUAUCUUUGCCACAACAGUGAAAAUAAGGGAGAUCUGACACUGAAGAAGCACAGUAUACUGUGGUGUCUAUUUCUGAAAGCAAAUGGAAAUCUUGCUCAGUUGGUAUUUAAAGCAGGAAACGAAAUGCCAUGCCUGCUUUAAUGGUGAAGCAGCGUUAACAUUUCUCCUGUAGAGCAGCACAGAGAAGAGGGACGCUGCAGCAAAGCAGUGACUCGGCACGGCAUUAUCUCCAUGGAACUGCCGUUUGACUCCCCGCCACCCACCCCCCCCUCACCGAUAGAAGGAAGGACAAAGGAACAAUGAAAUCAUGCUCACUGCGAACUGUUAUUGAAUCAAUCUCCCUUCCUCUCUCUUCCUAUUUCUCCCUCCCCGCCAGAUCACAUUUUUUCCUUAGCAAAAUGACUUUAAAAACUAUGAAUUCUAUGUUUUCCAAGGACAUCCUUAGAGAUAAAACUAGAUUUCCAGCAUAUCUUUCUAAGGGGGAAAAAACAAACAGAAAACAUUGUGCUUUUAAUUGAGUCUUAGUUGCUGAGCGCGUUUACCUAAAUGUAUUAUUUUCAGACUACAUCUUAGCCACAGCCACAGGGAUCAUGUUUCAUUGCACUUACCUAUUCGCCGUGUCUGCCUAUCCUUGGUAAAUACAUUACUAUCUCCAAAUUGCCUAAAAUCUGCUAUGAUUCUACAGUAAAUAGCUCAGGGGAUUUCUUUUUAUCACUACUAAAAGGGCACCGUAGUAUGUUCUGGUACUUUAGGCAGUAAAUAGCUGCUUGAUUUAUUAUUUUGUUAUUAAACUAGAAUGAGAACAUCAAAUGGAUUUGCUGCACUAGCUAUUCUUUGUACUGUUGAGCAACUUGGUUUGCUUAUCUGUUGUUGGUUGAAGAACUCAUCCCUUUUUUGUCUUGUAAUAUGAAGUUAGAGUGCCUUUUUAUAUUUGUAUAUUCUGAAAAUGUUCUGUGAAAUGUUUUGUAUUUUUUCAUUUGAGUGUUAUCAGAGCAAUAUAAUGCCAGUGAGUUUUCAUUUCAGUCUUUCUUUGAAUGUAUAAAGUGUCUUUCUUUCCUAUUUUCCCUUUUACCUGCUUUGAAAUGAAAACAGAAAUGCUGAAGUUUUCUAUAGGAAUUAUGUUUGAUUUUGCAGUGCUAAAAUGCUUUCUUCUUACAAAACUGUAAACCAUAGGUCAGUGUUAUAGGGGAAAAGCGUUUUAAGAUAGUGACAAUCUGAGUGUGUGUAAAAACUGUAAUUCUCUGCAUUUCUUAUGCAGUGAUCUAAAAAUUCAAUGCAAAUAUCUUUUCUUUGGUAGUUUUGUCUACAUAUUUUAUGCUUUAGCAUGUGCAAUAUAUCUUUGCAAAGCACGAUGAUACAAAUCUGGUGCCAGUGUUAUAUUUUGCAUAACAUAUUUGUAACAGCAUAAAAUAUUGUUUGAUGAUUUCAGUGGGAUUUUGUCUGUAAUGUUUUCUUAUGUAAAUUGGAGUUGAAUGACUCUGGUAAAUGUCAUGACUGUAAAAAUGAGGAAAAUGACUUUUAGUUCAGUGAAUGACUUUCAACCAGUCUGAAUCUACUUAAGCACAGUUUAAUACUUUUUCAACUACUGAAUGCUAAUAAUGUAAUUAAGUACUUAACUGUAAUAUACUUUGGAAAUGCAUUCAGAUGGAUAUUUUUACAAAUAAAAAUGGUACAAAUAUUGUU